CACCUCCCCCUCUUCUCUCUCUCUCCCCCACCCCCAAAUCCCCAUUACAAACCCUAAUCAUCAUCACCUCCUCUCCCCUCUCCGAUCGGAUCGAUAUUGAGAUCGAGAUCGAGCGACGAUGGAGAAGUACGAGCCCGUUCGCGGCAUCGGAUCCGGCCACUUCAGCUUCGCGAAGCUGAUGCGGCACCGCGAGACACGGGAGCUCGUCGCCGUGAAGUGCAUCGACCGCGGCCACCGGAUCGAUGAGAACGUGUUUAGGGAGAUCAUUAACCACCGAUCGCUUCGGCACCCAAAUAUCAUUCGAUUCAAGGAGGUGGUGUUAACACCAACGCACUUAGCGAUCGUGAUGGAGUACGCAGCAGGCGGAGAGCUUUUUGAACGGAUUUGUGAUGCGGGAAGGUUCCACGAAGACGAGGCGAGGUAUUUUUUCCAGCAGCUCAUCUCCGGGGUUAGCUAUUUUCACUUUAUGCAAAUUUGUCAUCGGGAUUUGAAGUUGGAGAACACUCUUUUAGACGGGAGCCCUGCACCGAGGGUUAAGAUAUGUGAUUUUGGUUAUUCAAAGUCAUCCUUGUUGCAAUCAAUGGCCAAGUCGGCAGUCGGGACGCCGGCAUACAUCGCACCGGAAGUGCUCUUUGGGCGGGGGGAGUACGACGGCAAGCAAGCAGAUGUAUGGUCGUGUGGAGUAACUCUCUACGUGAUGCUGGUGGGAGCCUACCCAUUUGAGGACCCCAAAGACCCCAAGAAUUUUCGCAAGACCGUCAAUAGAAUAAAUCAAGCUCAAUACAAAAUACCGGAUCAUGUGCACAUAUCCCUGGAUUGCAGGCACCUCAUCUCUCGCAUUUUCGUGGCAAAUCCACGCAAGAGGGCAACAAUAAGGGAGAUAAAGACCCACCCUUGGUUCCUGAGGAACCUGCCAAGGGAGCUGAAGGAAGAAGCACAAGCAGUUUACUACCGGAGGGACGGCGCCGCCCCGGCGUACUCCCUGCAAAGCAUCCAAGAGAUCUCGCGGAUCGUCCAAGAAGCACGGGCUCUGUCGAGGCCGUCGCGGCCCCUUCGAGAAUACGGGUGGAACGAAAUCAACUCCGAUGAUGAAGAAAAGUUCGAAAGCGACAACGACAACGAUGACGAAGAAGAAGAUCAUGAUGAAGAUGAGUAUGAUAAAACUGUUAGAGCAGUUCAUGCAAGUGGAGAAUUUGACAUGAGUGAUCUCUAUAUAUGAUCUGAAGUACUCCUAGUAAAGUAGCAUUUGAAAUACGUAAACUUGUAAUAAGUAGAGUUAUUUGUAACUGUACCUGAUGAAACUUACGUAGAGCAUGCAUGAAGCACUGUUUGGUGGAUUUUCUUUUUUUUUUUUCUUUUUUUUGGGGUGUGUUGGAUCGCUUGUACAUGUAAUGUAACUUAUCCUAACUUAUCUUUGUAACUAUGAGAGAAACUCUGAAAGAAAACUACUAUUUUUGUUUUUUAAAUGUUUA